AUGGACCUGUUCAAGGAGGCGAGGGUGGCGUGGAAGGACGCCCGGGUCGUGGCGGAGGGCAAGGACCGGGAGCUGGCUUCCGAGAUCGCUGCUCGCGAAGCCGCCGAGCGCAACGCCAAGCGGUACACAGAUCUGUUCGCGGAGGCCAGGGCCGCGUGGUCGAACACCCAGACGAUCGUGGAGAACAAGGAGAGGGAACUCGCGGCCGCCGAGGCGAGGAUGAUGAAGACGGAGGCGGGGGGCGGCUUCGGCUCCCUUCAGCACCGCCUGGAGGACGCCAGGAGGGGCAGGGAGCUGGACCGCCAGCAGUCCCUCGAGCUCAAGCUGGCCCUGGAAGAGCAGCUGGCGGCCGGGGGCGGGACUUCUGAGGACGAAGGCCGUGGCAGCAACGUCGAUGGCGGCGGCGGGCGCGCAGCGGCCGGGGAAGUGCCGCGGGAGGGUCGAGUCGCGAAGCAACACACGGUUGGGGGCGAUGGUGGUAGCGCUAGCGAGCAGCUCUCGGCCUCCGCCGGAGGAAACGAUGCUGGCGUUGGAUCUGGCUUCGCUCGUCUUGAUAUCGGCUCGCCCCCGACGGCAGCAAAGCGCUUUUCCGUACCUCCGUUGGUCUUCGCUGGCCUGGCCGGGGAGGGAAAAGGCGUAGAGAAGUGGGUCGGUCAGCCGCACGGGCAGCACGCUCUCACGCUGCUGCACGCGCCGGAAGAGAAUGAUGUCUCCGACGCUGGCAGUGGCUCUUUCGAGGCCCUCCACCCCUCCCUCACCACCCCCAACAUCCAUACAGGCCGUGAACGCGCAGCUGGAUCUGGCAUCUAUGGCCGAUUUUCGGAGGGUACCCGGUAUGAUCAUGACGGCCACGUCGCCGGUACCGCCGCCGAUAGCGGUAUGGGAUCCCCGAUUGCGUCGGCAGAGACUGCCCGAAACCUCGUUUCGGCCUCCGGUGCUGCCACAGAAACCCCGGGCGGCGCCGAAAAGCUGUUCCGAGACUACAGCAACACCUACGGCUCCAGCGCCUGCGGUAUCGCCGGGAGGGGGGCUAAGGAGCUUAUCCUACGGGCAGGUACGUUCCUGGAGAGGCUGGAGAAGGUCGGGAGCGGGGAGGAGGGGUUGAUCAUGCUUGAGGUUGACGGGUGCUCCGUCGUGAAGGUGGUUAUGGAGGAGAGGAAGUUUCUCGAGCUCCACGAGACCAAGGAAGGUGUCGGCGAGCUCCUUACGGCCCUGGGUGCCACGUGCUCCGCUCUCUGAGGUACCGCUCUGUCCGGUGGUCGCGCUUGAUGAAGGAGGCUUCCACCACAUCGAGGGCGCUGCCAUUCUGACGUGCCUCGAAAGCCAGAGACGCGUUCUCCUGCUCCUAUAUUUCGACGUCGCAUUUCAACUUUGCUGCGACUGACACACGCCGGGAGUCGUGCGGGGGGCUGCACAAAUGGUACUUGUCGUCCGUGAGAAAAUCUGUGGCUCUCUAGACGGCCACGGUGCUCAAAGAACAAGAUUAUUUCAUCCAUCCUCGGGACAAGGACAAGGUGGCGAGCCCCAUACCAGCGAGUCGGCCAUGUCGUGUUCGCUCUAGAGGUUGGUCCCAUCUGGUGGGCGUGAGUCUUCGUCUGGUCUGGCAUGCGUGAGAACAAUUGGACGUGACCGUUUCGCGAGGCUGUGUUCGGUUGCUCCGUGAGGCUUGUCCGGUUGCUCGUCAGAGGUCCGGUAGUGGUGCUAACCUUUCCCCCGCCAACCUGCCCGUUCUUCCACGAGUGAGUGAACAUGCUGGCGGAAAUGCUGACAGUUUUUGAAUGUACGGGUGGGUGGGCGCGAGUGCAACAUUAUCGACAUACUGAGACGCUGGAACAAUCGAAGGGGUUUGUGAGGGAGCCGCGAACCAAGUGCUUGAGUUGAAUGAAACGAAGCACUUGCCUGAUCUGAAGAGGGCGGAUUCGUGGGUGGAUAGCAGCAAGGUGCGAUAGAAUGAACGAACAUAGACUACAUGCGAAAUUGUUGAUCAAUGUCGGGUUGAACUACUG